CCCGCCUCCGCGUGGGGCGAGGGCUGCAUCAGCCCCUGGCAGGUUGCUACCGUUGGGACCGCGUGGCGUGGUCGCUGUCUCUCUGGGCGUGCAGCUCCGCAGCCUUGCCGGCUCGACUUGGUUUGUGAGCGGCCACCCCAAGCUGGAUUGACUUACGCAGGAUUCUCUUCCCUUGCCUGGGAGGACAGUUCAGGAGACAGAUGGCCCCAAGAGCCCAGAUCCAGAGACUGCUGACAUUUGGGGAUGUGGCCGUGGCCUUUACCCGAAUUGAGUGGAGACACCUGGAUGCUGCUCAGCGGGCCCUGUACAGGGAUGUGAUGCUGGAGAACUAUGGGAAUCUGGUGUCUGUGGGGCUUCUCUCUUCCAAACCAAAACUAAUCGCCCAGUUGGAGCAAGGGGCAGAGCCGUGGAUGGAGGCGCGAGAGACUCCAUCAGGCACGCGUGCAGUCCCGGAUUACUGGUUUGAAACAAAGAUGUCAGCCCUAAAGCAAAGCACUUCUGAAGGAUCUGUUCUGGGAGAGCGAAUGAAAAGUGUCAUGAGGGAAAAAGGCCUGGACUGGGAGGGCAGAAGCUCCACAGAGAAGAACUAUAAAUGUGAGGAAUGUGGGAAAGUCUUUAAAUACAACUCAUCCUUCAUUAGCCACCAGAGAAAUCACACCAGCGAGAAACCACAUAAGUGUAAAGAAUGUGGGAUCGCCUUUAUGAACAGUUCAUCCCUUUUAAAUCACAGUAAGGUUCAUGCAGGCAAGCAGCCUUAUAGAUGUGUUGAAUGUGGGAAGUUCCUGAAGAAGCACUCAACCUUUAUCCACCAUCAGAGGAUUCAUUCUAGGGAGAAACCCCACAAGUGCAUAGAAUGUGGAAAAGCUUUCAGAAAGAACUCAAUCCUUUUAAGUCAUCAGAGAAUUCACACUGGCCAGAAACCCUACAAAUGUAAUGACUGUGGGAAAGCCUUUGCUCAGAAUGCAGCCCUUACUCGUCACGAAAGAAUACAUAGUGGAGAGAAGCCUUUUAAAUGUAAUGAAUGUGGGAGAGCUUUCAGGGAUAACUCAACUGUGUUGGAACAUCAGAAAAUCCAUACUGGUGAGAAGCCAUAUCAGUGUAAUGAAUGUGGGAAAGCCUUUAGGAAGAGCUCAACUCUUAUCAGUCACCAAAGAAUGCAUACUGGAGAGAAACCCUAUCACUGCAGUAAAUGUGGAAAAUCUUUCAGAUACAGCUCAUCCUUUGCUGGUCAUCAGAAAACUCAUAGCGGAAAUAAACCCUAUCAGUGUCAUGACUGUGGGAAGGCGUUUACAAAGAGCUCAACCCUUACUGGACAUCAGAGAAUUCAUACUGGAGAAAAACCCUAUCACUGUAAGAAAUGUGGGAAAGCCUUUCGGCAUAGCUCAGGCCUUGUUGAACAUCAGAGACUCCAUACUGGGGAAAAACCUUAUAAAUGUAAUGAAUGUGGGAAAGCUUUUCCCCAAAGUUCAGCCCUUAAACAGCAUAAGAAAAUUCAUAACCAAGAAAGAGCCAUUGAAUGUAGUUAGUGUGGUAAAUUGUCCAGAGUAGUUUAUUCCUUCUGACCAUCAUGGAGGAGAUAUUAAAUAAAUUAUGUGUUUAACAGAAAUAUUCUGUGUACUUCUGAGAGAACAUCUCACUUGUGAGGAUAUUCAUUGUGAGGUUCAUACCAGUGAAAUUUGAAGAACCUAAAUGUAUGUCAGUAUGGAAAUAGUUAUAGCAUACUGUGUGGUGACUGAAAAGAAUGAGGUGGAGUUGUAAAUACUAUACAAAGCCAGGCAUGGUGGCACAUGCUUGUAGUCCCAGAUACUUGGGAGGCUGAGGCAGGAGGACUGCUUGAGCCCAGGUGUUUGAGUCUGUAAUGCACCAUGAUUGUGCCUGUGAAUAGCCACUGCACUCCAACCUGGGCAACACAGCAAGACUCCAUCUCUAAAAAUAAGUAAAAAAAUCCAACAGUAGAAAUAUCCCCAUGAUACCUUGUUAAAUUAAAGAAGCAAGUUGCAGGAAAUCUAUAUUAUAUACAAUAAAAAAGACCUGGAAAAAUAAAGACCAAACUUAACAGCAA